ACAAAACACAUGUAAUUUCUGUUGUGUAACAAUUGAUAUGUAAAAAAAUGUAUCGUUACUUAUUAAGUAUUUAGAUAAAUAAAAAAUGAUUAAUUUUGAAUUUUUAAAUUAUCUAAUACGAUGACAGUUAAAUUUUUGAAUUAAAAAUAAUUUUGUUUGUAGACUUGUUUUUUUGAAUAGAUUUUUAAUUUAAUUUUUGGAGUAAUUUUUUGACGAGCCGUAGACAUGACAAACUUCUUAUUAAUUUUAUUUAUACAUAUAUUUAUAUUUACAAAUGUAUCAGCUUCUACGGGUGAUAGAUCACAAUUUUACAGGCAGUGUUUGAUUGUUUGUUAUUCCAGUAGUUGUAAGCACAACGUUGACUUUGAAAUCGUCUCAUUUGAUGACGAUGGAUUUUUAUCGUGGUCAUGUGAAGAAAAUUGCCGAUAUGAUUGCAUGUGGGAAACAGUCAAUCAUUUUACUGAACACGGACUUAAAGUUCCGCAAUUUCAUGGCAAGUGGCCAUUUAUUAGAAUGUUUGGAUUCCAAGAGCCAGCGUCAGUAAUAUUUUCAAUUUUGAAUUUCUAUGCGCACAUUAUGAUGUACCGUAAAUUUCGUCGGGAAAUAAAAUCGUCUAUGCCAAUGUCUUUAAUCUGGACUUAUUUUACUGUCGUUUGUUUGAAUGCUUGGUUCUGGUCAGCAGUUUUCCACGCAAGAGAUAAACCAUUUACCGAAGUGAUGGACUACUCUUGUGCAUUUACGAUGGUCAUAACACUUUUAUACUGUAUGCUGAUAAGAAUAUUUUAUAAAAACAAUAAAUUAUUUGCUGUGAUAACUUUCGGGUACAUCAGUAUGCUCUCCGUUCAUUUGUCCCAUUUGUGGUCAGGGAAAAUUAACUACGGAUACAAUAUGAAAAUUAAUAUAGUAUUUGGAUUUUUGACGUUUCUUAUCACAGUUAUUUGGUGGUAUCGUAAUUCUUCAAAACUUACUCAUUCUUAUCUUAUCGGAUGGUUUACUAUCUUGACUGUGGCUGUUACUCUAUUAGAGGUAGCAGAUUUUCCUCCAAUAUUUUGGACCCUUGACGCCCAUGCCCUCUGGCACGCUUCCACUGCUCCUCUUGUUUAUCUUUUAUACAAAUUUAUGAUCUCAGACUGCCAUUAUUUAAGAAAGCAAUAUAGUUAUCAGGUAAUAUCAGACAUUCAUGUUGAGUAAUGAGUAGAAUAAAUAUAAUACUUAAUUUAAUUUUGUAAAUAAUAGACAUUUGUAGGUAGAAAAUGAAUAAAAAAAUUUUUUUAUUUUUUUAUAUUUUUACAAUAACUUUCUUUCAUUUUUUUUACUACAAUUUCUUAUCUAAUAGAUUUGUAUCAAAUAAUGGAUACAAAGAACAGUUGAUAAAAAUGAAACAUUUGUUUUUUUUUUACAUAAAAUAUGUGAAUAAUUGUCAGGUGAUUCCUUAAAAAAUAUAUGACGUAUGCACAAGCUGUGAUUAAGAUUCAAUGGCCUCUACAAAACAAAAUAAACAACAUUUGAUUUUAAAUGGCAAGACUCAAGAAAGUCUACGUGUUUUAAAUCAAUACUUAGAUAAUUGUAUCAAAUUUAAUUGCAUUGUCGUUGAAAAAUUAAUUCAAUUUUAAAUUGAAUUCGCUACUAGAAUUUUAAUUAACAUUAAAAUUAUUUAUUUUCUAUUUUUUACAAUAAAUUUACUGCAUUAAAUGUUUUAGUCUCAGGAAGACAUUUUUGAUACUUAAUAGUUUUUAUAUAAAUAUAGAAAUUAGAAUAAUUAAAAGCUUGAAUAAAUUUUAGAGGGAAUGUUUUUUACAACGAUGUCAAAUAUCUAAAAAAAAUGUUUAAUGACAAUGAAGUAGUGAGUAAUUAAUUAAUAAAUAUUUAAGUACCAAAAUGCAGUAUAAUUUUUCUCUUUUUUAAAAAUUAUCAACAUGAUUUUAAAUGUCAACAAUUUAAAUAUUUUUAUUUUUACAACGAUAAUUUUAUCGUUUUAUUUCUCGAAUAAAUUUUCUUACUUACAAAUAA